UUCUAAACAGGAAGUUUUAAAGAACAGUAUUUUUAUCUCACACGGCUGAACUUCCUCUAUUCUCACCUGUGAUUUUUUUGCAGCUUCUGUUUAAUUUGGUUCCCGUUACUCUGCCAUCCUGACUUUACUGCAUUGUUCAUUCCUAAAACACCAUGUUGCUUUUCAUCUCUCUGCUCGUCUUUAUAUCCGAGAGUUCAGGAUUUUAUACGUCAUGGUCACCUGCAACUGUAAGUCUGAUCACAACUCCCUCCGUGGAUUUACGUCCUCUGCAGGUGGAGGCCGUACCAGACUACCCGGUUACGGCGGGUCAGACGGUCACACUGUUCUGCAGUUCUGUCAACUCUUACAUCUGGCAACACUUAGUAAAUCUGAAUUGGCAGGAUGUGGGCCAGGAUGGAAACCUGACCCUCACACAGCCACAGCAAAGCGGGUUGUACCGGUGCAGGGCCAGGACCACGUCUUUGCACAUAAGCCGUAAUCUUACGGUCAACAUUGAGCCAACAGUAAACACAGUAAAGAAGGAUUUGGCUGAACCUGCCUUUGUCCUGUCUCUGCUGGGUUUUGUCAUUUCUCUUGGAAUUGUGGGUUGGCUGCUCUGGGGAAAAUUCAGCAACUACAUAUCAACCUCCACUAAAACAGAAGCUAAAGGAACUGACAAUGCGUCAAAAGGGACUUUACCAAAGACUGAGAGUGAUGGAGACGUGUACAUGAAUUACACCAACAGCCAAGCCUACACCACACUGGACCCCAACAGCAUGACUGCAGACAAUGUGUAUGCAAGUCUGUCAUAAUACACUCUUAGCAACGGAAACAGGGUUGCAAUAAAAGGAAGCCGAGUGACACAAAUGGAAAUUUGAUUUAUAAAUUCAUUUUACACAAGUUAAAUACACGGUUGUACUACAAAUAAACUCUGUAAAACAUACAUUUACAUAGAAUCCAUUUUUUUAGUUAGUUGUUCUUAGGAGGAUAUUUACUUAAAACCGUAAAGUCAAUGAGAUAAAUUUGUGAAUUUGACUUGAUUAAAAUAACUGGUACUAAAUGUUUUGAAUGGAAAUCAUAAAAAAAAAAACUUUUUAAAUAACAAAAAAUAAUAAUAAAAAAAAACAUAUAUCUUU